UCGUCAGUUCGAUUUUCGAGUUGGCGCGGUCCGCACUGGCAGUUAGCAUUUCGUCUCCAACCAUCAACAUUCCGGACAAUUCUACGUUGUUCUCGUUCAGAGAUUGAUGAAUUAACUGUAUUUCGAGCCUCAAGAUGUCUCACAAGGACAUUUAUUACUCGGAGAAGUACAACGACGACCACUUUGAGUACAGGCAUGUUGUGCUACCGAAGGGCAUGCUCAGUAAAAUCUCCACAACUCACCUUAUGUCAGAGGAAGAAUGGCGCAGAAUUGGAGUACAGCAGAGUCGAGGGUGGAUCCACUACAUGAUUCACAACCCAGAGCCCCAUGUUCUUCUUUUUAAACGACCACUUCCAAAAGAUGAACAAAAGUAAUUCUGCUCUUCUUUUCCUGUCCAAUCACAUUUAAAAUCGCAGGGUUUUCUCAAUUGUACAAAUCUUCACCCUCACUUCCCAUUCUAAACUUAUCCUGUAUUAAAAUGUGCUUCAGUUCUUUUACUUCAGAGAUUUAUGUGUUUUUUAAAGUUUUAAGGAACUAAUUUUAUUACCAUGUUGCAUUUUAAGUUAUCAGUUACUUUUAUCCAAAUUCAUGGAAAGAUUCUCUUUGAAUGAGUGGUUUGUGACAGGAAAUGGAAAAUGUACAUAUCUAUUUAUUUUUGACAACUGUGCCCUGCUCCAUUUUGUAUAUACACCUGUCAUUAAGUUUCAUUAAAGUAAGUGCUUCACCAUCA